AUUCCGUGUUUAAGAUUAUGAAAUAUUUAAUAUUAUAAUGUAUAGUGAAGUUUUAUAAAGGUAUUAAAUUAAAUCGAUAUUGUGUAGCUCAUUAUGUCUAAAAUAGUUAAAUUGGCAGUUGUGCUGUGAUUGACAAAAUCUCGACACAGUAACUACCUACUCAAAUAUCGGUAGAAUUUACUUCACUACUGAAGAAUUGGGUUACAUCGGAUAGCUUAGUUUUCGAGAUACUGUCUUUCAUAGAUAAGUAUAGCUAUGUUAAGCAGUUGGACCAAACAUGCACUUCAUUGUACCUUAUUGGUGUUGGUAAUAUCAAUAUUUGAAAUCUGGUCGGGAGGUGUUAAACUAUCAGCAGAUGUUCAAAAUACAUAUAAUUUUAACCCAUGGGAACGUUAUGGUUAUAUUUGGUGCUUUAUGUUGUAUCUGCUACGAUGUUUAACCUUCUUACCAUUACCACAAGUACUAUUGAAUUUUUGCGGUCUUACAAUGUAUAAUGCUUUUCAAGACAAAGUCAUUCUAAAAGGAUCACCUUUGCUGGCUCCAUUUAUAUGCAUACGUAUAGUUACGAGAGGAGAUUAUCCUCAGUUAGUCAAAGCAAAUGUUGCCCGUAAUAUGGCUCGAUGUGUGGACGCUGGAUUGGAAAAUUUCAUGAUUGAAGUAGUGACAGAUAAAAGUAUUGGCCUUCCUGAACAUAGGCGUAUACGGGAGGUAGUUGUUCCAAAAUCUUAUAAGACAAAGACUGGUGCACUUUUUAAGUCGCGAGCUCUUCAAUUUUGUUUAGAAGACAAUAUAAAUAUUUUGGCAGAUUGUGAUUGGAUUGUACAUUUAGACGAAGAAACCCUAUUGACUGAAAAUUCAAUUAGAGGUGUAUUAAAUUUUGUCUUGGAUGGUAAACAUCAGUUUGGCCAGGGUCUAAUUACUUAUGCUAAUGAAGAAGUAGUAAAUUGGUUCACAACCUUAGCAGAUAGUUUCAGAGUAGCUGAUGAUAUGGGUAAACUUCGAAUUCAGCUUUCAAUGUUCCAUAAGCCACUUCUUAGUUGGAAAGGAUCAUAUGUUGUCACCCAAUUGGGUGCAGAGCGUCAUAUUUCAUUUGAUAAUGGCUUAGAUGGAUCAAUCGCAGAAGAUUGUUUUUUUGCCAUGCGAGCUGCUAAAGAAGGCUAUACAUUCAAUUUUGUGGAAGGAGAAAUGUGGGAAAAAUCACCAUUUUCACUUUGGGAUUUCAUCCAACAACGUAAACGUUGGCUUCAAGGUAUUCUAUUAGUAGUCCAUUCAGCGGCCAUUCCUUCRAAAACAAAAAUGUGGUUAGCUUUAUCAUGUUAUUCAUGGGUAACAUUGCCACUGUCUACUUCUAAUUUAGUUUUAGCUAGAUACUUUCCGAUUCCAUGUCCAGCAAUCAUGGAUUUUGUUUGUGCAUUUAUAGCCGGUGUCAAUAUAUAUAUGUACAUAUUUGGUGUAGUGAAAUCUUUUUCAUUAUAUCGUUUUGGUGUUUUAAAAUUUACAUUAUGCAUUAUAGGAGCACUUUGUACUAUACCUUUUAACGUAAUAAUUGAAAAUGUUGCAGUUAUAUGGGGGCUUUUUGGUAAUAAAUACAAAUUUUAUGUUGUUCAUAAGGAAAUCAAACCACUUGUCACUGUGUAAAUAACUGUCUGCAAUGUGUUCACUUACAUAAGAUCUGAUUUUUGGAAGGGAAA